CCUCUUUGCCUUCGGGAGCAUCUCGGCUCGCUCACCUUGCUCCGGCGGCGGUGGCGUCGGCUGCAGCCUCACCUGCUCGCUUUGCCUGCCUCGGGAGGGGGCCCUGCGCUUGAGGCCGCCCCCCACCCAGCCAGCCAGCCCGCCAGCCCCCAGCCCCACCUGGCCUGGCCAUGGCCGUCGAGAAGGAGAAGAAGAGCUGCGGGCAGGUGAUGCACGAGUGGAAGGAGUUCGUCUGGAACCCCCGCACCCACCAAUUUAUGGGGCGCACCGGCAGCAGCUGGGCUCUUAUCCUGCUCUUCUACUUUGUCUUCUACGCCUUUCUGACGGCCCUCUUCUGCCUCACCAUGUGGGUCCUGUUGCAGACCGUAGACCCCUUCCUGCCUAAGUACCAGGACCGCCUCUCCAUCCCAGGCAUGAUGAUCCGUCCCAGGACAGACACUCUGGAGAUCACCUAUAAUCUAACCAAAACAGAAUCUUGGGAUAAUUAUGUGAAAAUGCUCAAUACUUUUUUGGAAGCCUACAACGACUCUCGGCAAGCGGCCAUGAACGAAUUCUGCCAGCCGGGCCGUUACAACGAACAGCCCGACAACGGGGUCUUGAACUACCCCAAGAGGGCCUGCCAGUUCAACCGCACAUUCUUGAGGGACUGUUCGGGACUCAACGACUCGACUUACGGCUACCAGGAGGGACGGCCUUGCAUCCUGGUCAAAAUGAACCGGGUCAUCAAAUUCUACGCAGGCGCCAACCAGCCCAUGAACAUCUCCUGCACGGCCAAGAUACCGAGAUCCACGCAGGAGAAGAAGGAAACCAUCCACGAAGACGAGAGCUUUAAAGAGGAGGAGAUGCAGAAGCUGGGAGAGAUAGCCAUGUUUCCCGCCGAGGGCAACAUCGAUCUAAUGUACUUCCCGUAUUAUGGGAAGAAAAUUCACGUCAACUACACCCAGCCCGUGGUGGCGGUCAAGUUCCUCAACCUCACUUUUAACCACGAGCACAACGUGGAGUGUAAGAUUAACGCCGCCAACAUUAAGACCGACGAACGAGACAAGUUUGCCGGACGCGUGGCUUUCAAAAUCCGGGUCAACAAAAAAUGAAGCUGACCCCCUUCCCCCCCCCUCCUCCUCCUCUCCUCCAUCUCCUCGACCCCCCCAAAACCAGCUCCUUCCCGGUGACUCUUGGCAAUCCCAACACAGAGCUUACAACGACUAACAGGUCCGAAGCUGACGGAAAUUGGGGGGAGGGUGAUGGAUUUAGGGGCUCCCCUUUGGCCGCUGCUGUUCACCUCUGUCUCACUAACCUUUGCUGUUAGACAAUCCCACCUCUCGUGUUGACCCAACAACGAAGGGUUUGCUCCCACCUUAUCUUCUCAUAGAGCCCCUCACCCACCCAAUACUCGGUGACCCCUUGAUUGAGUCUAACAUCCCAACGGUGUCCGGCAAGGAGAGGCUCACCCUUUUGGGCCCUCGUCCUGGCGGCGCUCCCUGUUUCCCCUGGAGAAGUUUCCUAAUAUAAUAAUAAAUGUAUAUAGAUAUUUUUAUAUAUAUAUAUAUAUAAAAGUAUAUAUUAAAAAUUAAGGUACCGCGGAAUCUAGGUAUUUCCCUGCUAUAAUAUGCAUGGAUCGGGGCUGGAAGACGGUAGCCAGGAUAGCUAGUUUUGUCUGCCACCGGGAAUGCCUUGCGCCCCCAAAGCUUGUGGCCGUCGCGACAGGGAAGGCAGCUGGGGGUUGGUGUGUGAGUGGGGGGGGGGCCCAUUGAUUGCAGGAGGGCUCACUUCUUCGGUAGACCCUGCCCAGUUUACAUAGCCCUGGUGCUUCUCAACCAAGGCACCUUGAGGAUGGGUGGACUUCAGUUCCCAGAAUUCCUCAGAAUUGUGCUGUCAUGGGGUUAUUUUUUCCAUUUUAUGCUGAAGUCAAAGGUAUGUUACGUCUGCCGCAUUCCCGCCAUCUAUUUAAAAAGUUGUAUGACAUCCACCGCAUUCCCACCCUCUAUCAACCCAGUUAUGACAUCUGCCGCAUUCCCACCAUCUUUUAAAAAGGCUAUGACAUCUACCACAUUCCCACUAUUUAAAAAGUUAUAUUACAUCUACUGCAUUCCCACCUUCUAUUAAAAAAGUUAUAUAACAUCUACCACAUUUCCACCAUCUUUUUAAAAAGUUAUAGGACAUCUACCGCAUGCCCACCAUCUAUGUAAAAGGUUAUAUUGCAUCUACCGUAUUCCCACCAUCUAUUAAGAGUUAUAUGACAUCUACUGCAUUCCCACCAUCUUUUGUAAAAAGUUAUAUUAUAUCUACCGCAUUCCCACCAUCUAUCAAAAAAGUUAUAUCUACCGCAUUCCCACAAUCUAUUAAAAAAGUUAUAUGACAUCUACUGCAUUCCCAUCUUUUUAAAAAAGUUAUAUUACAUCUACCACAUUCCCACCAUCUAUCAAAAAAGUUAUAUUACAUCUACCGCAUUCCCACCAUCUAUGUAAAAGGUUAUAUUGCAUCUACCGUAUUCCCACCAUCUAUUAAGAGUUAUAUGACAUCUACUGCAUUCCCACCAUCUUUUGUAAAAAGUUAUAUUACAUCUACCGCAUUCCCACCAUCUAUCAAAAAAGUUAUAUUACAUCUACCGCAUUCCCACCACCUAUUUAAAUAGUUAUAUGACAUCUACCACAUCCCCACCAUCUAUCAAAAAAGUUAUGACAUCUACCACAUUCCCACCAUCUAUCAAAAAAGUUAUAUUACAUCUACCGCAUUCCUACCAUCUAUUUAAAAAGUUAUAUUACAUCUACCACAUUUCCACCACCUAUUUAAAUAGUUAUAUUACAUCUACCACAUCCCCACCAUCUAUCAAAAAAGUUAUGACAUCUACCACAUUCUCACCAUCUAUUAAAAAAGUUAUAUUACAUCUACCGCAUUCCCACCAUCUACAGUGGAAAUGCAGUAGAUGUCAUAUCAGAUGGAUCAAAAUUUACAUAAUUUGAUGAGAAGUUCUGGGAGCUGUAAUCCACUCAUCGUCAAGGUGCCAAAGUUGAGAAACACUAUACUGGGUGCAGGUGCAAAAUUAUGCUGAUUUUGCAUGAGGCUAGUCCUCAAGAAGAAAAACGUCUAGGAAGCUGGCUUGGCCUCAAAACUCCUAAACUGGGCUAGGAGUGCAAUUGCACAAAUGCAGCGGCUUACGGGCAUGGCGGCUGUUGUACGACAGCCCUGGUGUGCGGUCUCCUUGCAAAAUUAAACUGCCAUGGCAUCUGUGAAUGCAGUUUGUUGGUUUUAAUUUCUAACCCUGCAUUUCCGCUUUCCCGUUCUUUUUUUCCUGUCCUAGGAUCGACACAAACUGUCUCUAUUCAUUAGUGUAUAGUUGUUUAAAUCUGUUGUAAUAGCAGCACCUUGCACUACUAUAAAUCAAAUUCCAGUUUCCACCAUAACCAUGGGGGAAGAAAUUCUUGACUGAACUAAUGACGAUCUUUUACCCAAUGUUAGUUAACGGUUGGAGAUUUUUUGCUUUCUCUAGAAACUCUCCUGCAACAUCUGUUCUCUCUCUAUUCGUUUGGCAAAAGAAAAAAGAAAAAAAUAAGUAUUUUAAACAAAAAGGAGGGUUUUUUUAAAAACUUUCUUUGCGUUUUAUCGUCGUGGUAAUAUUAAAAUGUCCUCCCUUUCUGGUUUAAAGAUGCACCUUUGAAGAAUAUGUAUGUAUGAAUGGCACUCAUAACUUUAAAAACUCCUCUGCUUUUUAACUUUCUUGUUUUUUUUCUUUUUUGGUCUUGGAUUUUAUUUGCAGAAUUAUUUAAUUGCCUGUAUCAGAUUUACUGUGAAAGAAGAGAAAUAAAACUUUAAAAAAACAAA